UUAUCAAAGAUGUAUUGCUUAUCAAAAACUUAAUAUGCAUGAUUCAAAGAUCAAGUACACACAUAGUCCAGUCUACAUGUUCUUUGUACUUUCGGUACAUUCCCGCCUUAUGGAGAUAUCGGUUAUGCGCAUGUGUCGAGGUUUUCACAUGCAUCAGCUAUCAACUUUCAUCAACCCCACCGCUUCGGAGUAGUCUCUUAAGCCAGCUAGUGACUUCUAAUGUCUGUUCACGUUGUGCCGGUUAAUGUCUGUCCCCGUCCUAAACGUGGGGAGACGGUGAUAGCGCGAUAUAUGUCGCUACGUUCUGCCGCGGUUUCAUUUGCAAAACGGCAUCCGGGUAUAUCAGUUCUCCAGCUUAACGAUAAGCUCACGUUGUUUUCGUGAUCGGUGUUAAAAAGUUAAACGCGACCGACUUGGAGUUCGGCUCGCGCCAUUUCAAACGUCCUGAAUAAAUUUACCGUUCUGAAAUUUGCAGAACGAAGAGAGAGCACGAACGGAAAUCACAAUGAUGGAUACGCAACAGCUUGUUAUCACCGUACUGAGUUUGCUGCUCGGUGGAUUUCUGCUCACCGGAAGUCGCUGGCGUCUUAUUUACGUGCUGUAUAAAACGUUGCCGAGAGAUCUUCUGGGUGGUUUUCGAUUUCUACAAGUGAGCUUUCUUCUUUGGUGGUGGGAGAAGAAAGAAUAUACAGUUGCAAAGGUUUUCUCGAAAUAUGCAAUGGCUCAUCCGCAGAAAAUUGCUUAUAUUUUUGAAGAUAAAGAGUGGACAUAUGAACAGUUGGAACACUUUAGCAAUCGCAUAGGACGAUAUCUGCGCACUAGACCGUAUUCCCAUUUUGACAGUAUGGCCGUUCUUAUGGAAAACUGUCCUGAAUACGUCGGUAUUUGGUUGGGUCUAAGCAAAGCGGGUUUUGUCGGAGCUUUAGUGAACACAAAUCUUCGACACGAUGUGCUCUUGCACAGCAUCACUAGUGCUGGCUGCAAGGCCAUUAUCUUUGGGUCCGAACUGAAAGACGCGAUUCGCGACAUCAAGAGUAAAAUACCCAACAUCGAGCUUUACCAAUGGUCGGAGUCAGCGGACACGUCGAUUCUGGAUGGGGCAAUCGAUCUCAACACGGAAAUCAGCAGCAUUAAACCCGACCCUCUUAUCGUCCAGCUUGAACAUUCAAGUCCGCGGGACAAACUAAUUUAUAUCUAUACGUCUGGCACGACGGGAAUGCCAAAGGCCGCCGUUAUCAAUAACUUGAGGUAUAUGUUUAUGGCAUGUGGCACAAAAUCGAUGCUUAAUCUACGCUCUGACGAUCGAAUUUAUGAUCCACUGCCUCUUUAUCACACCGCAGGCGGCAUACUUGGAGCAGGUCAGGCACUUUUACGAGGCAUCACAGUUGUGAUUCGUAGAAAAUUCAGUGCAUCCAAAUAUUGGUCAGAUUGCAUCCAUUACAAAUGCACUGCAGCACAAUAUAUCGGUGAGAUAUGUCGGUUUCUUCUCACCGUUCCGCCAAGUCAGAACGAUAGGUCACAUAAAGUGCGCUUAAUGUUCGGAAACGGCAUGAGGCCGCAAAUUUGGGAAUCUUUUGUUAAAAGAUUUGGUGUAAAGCAAAUAGGCGAGUUUUACGGAGCUACCGAAGGAAAUUCAAACCUUGUUAAUAUUGACAAUAAAGUUGGCGCUGUUGGUUUUCUUCCGAGAUUUGCUUCCAGCCGUUUGUAUCCGGUUGCACUGUUGAAAGUUGAUGAAGAUACUGGAGAACCGCUGAGAGGACCAGAUGGACUAUGCAUACAAUGUAAACCUAACGAAGCUGGUAUAUUUGUGGGCAAGAUCAAUCCGAAGAAAGCGAUCAACGACUUUAGCGGCUAUGCGGACAAAAAAGCCACGCAGAAAAAAAUUAUAUGCGAUGUUUUCGUAAAAGGAGAUAGCGUUUUUAAUUCUGGUGAUAUUUUAAUUAUGGACGAACUCGGAUACUUUUACUUUAAGGACAGAAUCGGUGAUACGUUCAGAUGGCGAGGCGAAAAUGUUUCUACUACAGAAGUGGAAGCUGUCGUGAGUAAUGUGACAGGUCUCAGAGACGCAACUGUGUAUGGUGUCGAGGUACCUGAAAACGAGGGUAAAGCGGGAAUGGCGGCAAUAUAUGAUCCAGAAAAUUCUUUGGACUUGAAACAUUUGCAAGAAAAAUUGAAGCAAACUCUACCAACUUACGCCAGACCUCGAUUUCUUCGUAUUUUGUCGGAUUUACCAAUGACCGGAACGUUUAAACUGAAAAAAAAGGAUCUUCAACAAAGUGGUUUUGAUAUUACGAAGGUUAAAGACCCGAUUUAUUUCUUAAAGAAGGAUGCCUAUGUUAAACUAACUGAUGAAUAUUAUAAAGAUAUCAUAGAGGGACGAAUACAAGUGUAAUUUUAUUUCAGAUAAGAAUACGAAAAAAAUAAAUAAAACUAAACCUUGUGUAAAGAAAAA